AGCGGAACGGCGAUACAAUUGGCCUUCAAAUUUUGGCCUGGCAUUCCAUCAGAAAAUCUGCGAGGGAGUGCAAUCGCGGAUAACACCCGAGCGGCGACCAAAUCUCAGCAUUUGAUUUUUCCAGCAUAAAUACGUCCAUCGGCGGCCAAUUGGGUGACAACUCUCUGGUUGCAACCCCCACAGCUUGAUCCCAUAGUUCGGUAGUUCCGACCGUCACAAUGACAGACGUCGUCGACGACAAGAAGUUGAAGAAGGAGAAGAAGAGCAAGGACAAGUCUGAGAAGAAAGAGAAGGAGAAGAAGCGCAGCGAUAGCGACGGAAUCAAAAAGGACAAAAAGGACAAGAAGAAGGACAAAGUGAAACAGGAGAAGCUCGCGCGUGCCCUCGACGCCCACCUGCAAGCCGAUGCCGCCGCGUCAGUCGAGGUCCAGGAUGACAAGGCCGAGGUCGAUCCCGAGGACAUAAUCAAGCCGGCCGAGGAGCUGGUGCCGUUUGCCCUGCCGCUGGCCGACGAAAAGACACACAAGAAGAUCUACAAGCUCAUUAAGAAGGGCGCCAAGCUCAAGUCGGUUCACCGCGGCGUAAAAGAGUGCGAGAAGGCCAUCAAGAAGUGCCCUCCCAAGACGGCCGCGUCGGGCGACAUCCCCGCGCCGGGGCUCGUUAUCAUCGCCGGCGACAUUUCGCCCAUGGACGUCAUCAUGCACUUUCCCAUCCUCUGCGAGGAGCACGGCGUGCCGUAUCUGUAUGUGCGGUCGCGCGCCGAUCUGGGCGUCGCGGCGUGCACGAAGCGCGCCACCAGCGUGGUGAUGCUCAAGCCCGAGGGCAAGAAGAGCAACAACAACAGCGGCGGCGGCGCAAACGACAACAACAAGGGCAAGAAGAAGGACGACGGCGGCGGCGAUGCCGACAUGGAGGAUGCCGAGGACAAGAAGGUCAGCGCAGAGGAGUACCUCGAGGCGUGGAAGGACCUGGUCAAGACGGCGGAGAAGCAGUGGAAGAUCCAGGUGCAGCCGUGGGUCAAGGGCACGCACCCGCUGCAGAUUGCUGAGAGAGAGCGGGCGAGACAAGCGGCUGCCGCUUGAUUCUUUUCCAGCCGAAAGGGGAAGCUGCUUUCGGCUCGACAUUGGCAAGGCAAGGGCAGGUCUAUUCAUCACCAUAUGCGCUGCCUCUCGCUUUCCAUGAUUCCUUCCGUCCGGGCAAAGUCACAUUCUAUUGACUUGGUUCUGGGCACGCAACGACAACACCCAUUUGGGUUGCCCGUUGUCUCCUUGUGCCGAUUGUAUGAUCAUCGUCGGCUGGCUUUGCUCUGUUUGCUUCAUGGCUCUCUUGUGUAAUGGAUGGCGUUGAGAGCGUUUGGCACUUUGCAUGGGUUACUACGGAGGUUAGAGGUUCCUUGUGUAGAUACCGAAAAUGAAAAGCACCUCUUCACAACGUCCCGAUCAUCAACAGGCUCCAGAGGUUUAGGCCUGUCAGCCGUUGGGGAAUACUCACUCUGGGUGAGUAGUUGGAUAGUUGGCAGAUCAUGUUACAGCCCUGACGAAACACGGCUGGC